GAGUCAGAGCCCAGAGCAGAACCACCAUGGCAGAGAGCAGCGUGGGACUUCCUGGUUCGGUGAAGACGUUGCUCUGCAGCGCCGCCGCCGGCUUCGUGUUCGGAGAAGCUGUGUUGUUCGCGGCCGAACCUGCUCUGACCCAAGAUGGCGUCCUGCUGGGCGCCGCCACGCUGGCCGCGGGCCGGGCCGGGUCCACGGGCGUCACGGUGGUGUCGGCGUGCCUCGUCUUCACCUCGGCGCUGCUGUCGCUGGGCAGCGGCUUCCUGCUGGCCGCCGCCACCAUGAAGCUGCUGGGUCAAGCCGGGGUGAGGCUGCCGUGGCUACCGGAGGCCCUAACGGGGGCCUCGGUGGUUCUGGGCGCCGUCGUCACCGGAGCGCUGGCCGGCCUCCUGCCACCGUGGAUCUACGGAGCAGCUCAGGCCGCCCUGGUUCUGUUCGUCUACUCGUACUCCAACAUCAGCGACAUGACCACGGCCCUGCUCAUCAUCUUCACCACGCUGCACCUCAGCGUCGCCUACGGCCGGAUGGGAGUCUUCGCCGGGCUGUUCUGCAUGGUUCUGACCGUCACGGUGCUCCUGGUCCUCCGAAGAACCUUCACAAAGCGUCUGACCCGAAGACCUGCGUCCAAAGGCGGCUGCAAGCUGCUGGAGAGGAUCGUCUUCUACUCCGUGUUUGUGGGCGUCCUGGGUUUCUGUGUGGGUCUGGGGGCAGGCGAGACGGGAGACGGGUCGGAGGCGGAGGUGGUUCUGAUGCUGCAGUCGGUGCUGUGGGUGGCGUUUCUGUCCGCGGGGCUGCUGGGUGCCGGUCUGGGGACGGUGGCCGUGGUGAGUCUGGGUCCGGAGGCGGCUGGGAAGGUGUCGGUUGGAGCUGCUGCGCUGACGGCGGCGGCUCUGAGGCUCGUCCUGGUCUGGAGCUCCUCUCUGGAGGCCCGCAGCUGCACCGGAGCUGCACUGGGGGCGGCUGCAGCUGCAGGGGUGUCGCUUGGUGCUGCGAGUGUUGCGGCGAAACUCGCGUUCGGGUCCAGAAAUUCAACUUUAAUGGCUUUAGGUUCAGUUACAGCCGGUGUGGUUGUUGCCGUGAAAGUUGUGGCGCUGAAGCCGACCCCGCUGACGACCUCAGAACUGAUCACGGCGAGCCUCGUUGCGGCGGGGGCGUUUGUUCUGGGCGCACCGAAGAGCCCGUUCAACACUCAGGUGAAUCUGCAGGGGGGCCUCCUCACGGGGACGGAGCUAAUUAAAGGCAUCGGCAUGGAGACGGUCACCGCGGCAGCAGCGCCGAUCGGAGCCGGGGCGCUGGGGGCGGCGGCGUUGGGCACCGCGGCCCUGGGGAGGCUGGGAACGCUGGGAGUAGUGGUGGCCGUGCUGCUGGCUCUGGGAAGCGCUCUGAGUGGCAUGAUUGGAAAAUCACCACCGACAACACAAGAGCACAGAGACUGAUUCACAUCCGCUGGUCGCCAACACAACACGGGAUGAAGUGGAUGUAGAACAGAUGGAGGACGACAUCACUGACGUCUGAAAUGAUUCAAAACUGCAGGAUUUCUGAUGAGUUUUGCUCCUUUAUAGAAUCAAAUAUUUUAGAAAGACGAUCAUUAAAGUUCAGGCCCCAAAGUAGAAACUCAAAGCAGCAGAAGUGAGUCCAGCUCUGAUCACCAAAGAACAUGAACAGAAGCCU